AGAGAGUUCCAAACAUAACAAAAUAUAAACUCUAAUAGAAUUUAAAGUUUACGCGUAAGAUUCAAACGUGCCCUAUUAAAAGAUACAAUUCGAAUUGGGAAUAAACUAAACAUAAAUGGGGAUAUAAUCAUAAUCGAUCUAAGAGUGUCAUCAUCAAUUCUUUUCUCAAGCUCCGAAGCGCGCGCGAUACGGUUGUUAAAAGUGCAAUAAAAUUGCACUCGAUACAUAAAUUCCAGCGAGUCACAAACGUUGCAGUGUGAAAUGCGCACAGGAGUCGGCCUCGCCCGGUUAUACGAGGAAAGGGUAAGAAGGUGGUCACUAGAGCCGGCCCCUCUCCCUCUUUUGUCGCUGAUAAGGAAACCGCGCAUGACGGCGAGGGGAGGGGGUGGGGUGAUAGAUGAGUAUAAAAAUUGCGCGAUAAUAAUCCAGCGCGCCGCGCGCGCGCGCCGAUUUUAGUACUCCCUGUACUUUUCCCUAGUAUGAUUCGCGUUACCCCCACUACCGGCCCGCGCUCCGACUAAGGCAACAACCCUCCCCUCCCGAGCCGUCACUUGGCUCGCGGCCGCGGUUAGUAUCGGUCGUUCUCUUUUUCUCCUCGCUCUUUCUCUCUCUCUCUCUCUCUUACUCUCCGCGUCCGUAUCCAACCUCGCUCCUAUCCCUAACCCCUCUCGUCGUCUCUAACCGCUCUCUCGUUCGUUUUCGCGGCGUCUUCGUCUCGCUCGCGUCCAUUCGAACGACUCGCCAACGAACUCGCAUCGCCGCCGACCGACCAUCCGCGGAGUUGCAAUUGCUCGCUCGUUUCCCGUCUUUCUCACACGCUCCCCGUCUUUCUCUUUCCCUCUUUCGCGCUUUACCGUCCUUUCUCUCUCUCUUUCUCCGUUUGCUCUAUGUACAUAAUAUACACGAGCCUCGCUCCCGAUCAUAGAGCAGUGGCGCGGGCUCUCGGUAUAGCCAGCACAAAAGUCCCGGACUUUAAUUUUCGUCUAGUCGCCGAUCGGUGUACACAUACUAUUUGAUCGCUCCUUUAACAUUCCGGACGCGUAAACGCGGAAACGAUAGGACAACACGCGGUGAUUACUUCAGAGGUGAGGAGGCUGUCGUAGUCGCCGCGUCGUCACCCUCGUCGUGCAAAGUGGCCGAAUCUCUUCUUACGGGUAGUGCGAAUUCCAGAUCGACGAGCGGCUGCGAGACAAGAGAAAAACGACGCGGGAUUAAGAUAAAAGUAUACCAAACGUACACCCAAAGAAGAGUAAUCGCGGGAUGAAGAGGAGGAGGAGCGACGAGGACGGGAAACCGGCAGCCAAAUAUCGGCAUCGGGAAUACCUGCUGAUCGAGUAUGUCGGGGCCACGGAACCAGAGUCCACCAGGGAGGCAGUCGUCAAGCAGGAGGAGGGACAGGCGGUGACGGCGAUAAAGAGCGAAGACGUCAUCGAGAACGAAGUCGAGCGGCAGCAGGAGCAGGAGCAGGAGCAGCAGCAACAACAGCAACAACAGCUGGCGACGUACGUGGCGAACGAGGAGACCGGAGAGGAGAGCGGUGUGGGCGUGCUGGAGGCGGGACAGCCGGAAAUGGAAAAUGGCGUCAUGAUACAGCCAACCGGUGCCGAAGCAGUCGCUAUUGCGGUCGCCGCCGUCGCCGCUGUCGCCAACGACGGUCAUGCCGACGAGGAUCCCAACGCCACUUACACCCUCCACGAGCUGGGCUAUCAUCCAGCGCACAUAAUCCACCAGAGUUUCGGGGGCGGCGACAUGAGAGAGGAACAACAGGUUUCGCAGCCGUCCCACCAAACGCACCACCAACAGCAACAUGACGUGCACCACCACCGUCAACAACAGCAGCAGCAGCAGCAGCAGCAGCAGCAGUACGUUCAGCUCGGGGCGAGAGAGGCCCCAGUUCCCGAGGGAGGGGAUAACCGGCACUCGACGGAGGUUUCCGUCGCAUCGGAAGGACGCCGCUCCGGCAGUCACAUGCCUCAUUCCACGAUGCAUCGUUACGGUACCGAAACGCUCUCGCCGACGACGACGGAUCAUCAUCACCAUCAGCAGCAUCAACAACAACAACAGUCACAUCAUCAUUUGUCCGAGAUGCAUCAGCACGCUGUCAUCGCUCUAUCAUCCGCGCACCGUCAUUUGCAGGAUCCACAGCAGCACCAGCAUCAUCAAGAGACCGACGAGGACGUGGAUCGAGGUGUGAGCGGCAUCACCGCGGCCAUGAGGGGCGCGCGGGGUGAUUAUCUGGGAGUACUCUUCACGAAUCUCGCCGCGUCAAAUGCCACAUCGAGCAACAGUGGCAGUAACCAUCAUCAUCACACAGCGCAUCAUCUGGAUGACGUGCUGUCCGACGAAUCAUACCUGCAACAUCAGAUUCGUGGAAAUACCCCGGCGACCAGUAGCGGUAACGGCAACGGUGGCGGCGGAGGCUCGCCGUCGGUGAGAACCGUCGGUGGCUCCCCGACCUCCAGUCACAGUCCGCACGAUGAUCAGGGUCUAUCCUCACCACAUCGACAGGCCCAGGAAGCUGGUUAUAGCCCCAGUGAUCAGGGCAGAUUGCAAUCCUUCACCCAUCUCACGUCCAUGCAGCCACCGCCGUCGGUGCAGACUAAUCACGGACUGCAAGAGGCCGAGCGUGUCUCCGAUCAGCUGUACAUGGACUCGAUCUACACGCAUCACGCGACCGCCGGCACCCCGCAUCAUCAUCAGGAUCAGCACGAUCAAGGCUCCUCCGCACCGCACUCGCCCAGUCCGCUUUCCAGCCAAUCGUAUCGGCCGAUGAGCGGCGUGAGCACGAUGGGCAUAGGGACUGCCACGGGGGGUACCUACGCCCUCCCUUACAUGACAAGCAGUCCUACGGAACUGGCGUCAUCGCCUCAGCUUUGGAACACUCAAGGUUUGAGCAGCGGUCUUUCCAUCGCCGAGGAUUACGGCAGCAGCAAAUCCUCGGGUACGGUGUCUCAUCAAUCCCUGCCGGCGUUCUCGCAGCCCUUUGGCGCGCGAUCGUACCGUUACAGUCCACCUUACGCGACAUCUCAACAAAAUACCACCGGCACCGCCGGCGCCGUCGUGGAUGCCACUUCCUGGACGUACGCAUCGCCCACGAGCGAUCCACUGACGACGCAAUAUGGUUCAUUUCCAAAACGGCAGACAGUUAAUUCCGGGACGGCGCCGACGCAACUCAGUGCCGCGGCAAGCCUAACUGCAAUGCACAACAUCGAGGCGGAGUACUUUACGGAGGGCCGCGAGUGCGUGAACUGCGGCGCGAUUUCCACACCCUUAUGGCGUAGAGACGGCACCGGGCAUUAUCUCUGCAACGCAUGCGGUCUCUACCACAAGAUGAAUGGAAUGAAUCGUCCUCUAGUUAAACAGCCACGCCGCUUGUCUGCUACGAGGCGCGUUGGUCUCUCUUGCAGCAACUGCGAAACGACGAUGACAUCGUUGUGGCGUCGCAACACACACGGCGAACCGGUGUGUAACGCCUGCGGUCUUUACUUCAAGCUGCACGGUAUCAACAGGCCGUCGACUAUGAAAAAAGAUAGCAUUCAAACGCGCAAGCGGAAACCUAAGGGCGGAAUGAAAACCAGCGACACGCCUCUCACCGGCACUGUCGCGCAAUGCGCAAACAACAAUAAUAAUAACAACAAUGUCAAACUUGAGCCAGAUACUUACAACGACCUGAGAAUGGCUCACGGCGUGCCGCAAGUGUCAUACACGAGCAAUAUCUACGGCAGUGCUCAGGCUCCGAGCAGGAUAGUGUCUUAUCAGCCCACGACCACAAACCUGUAUUAUGACAUGAUUAAUUCGCAACAACAGCAACAGCAAUUACUGGAGACUCAUUCGCCCAAGAUCGAGUGUCCGUCUUCACCUUGUGCUACGCGUUCGCCCGGAAUGGUCUCAGCUGGUCAAUCACCUGAUCAUCAUCAGCUCACCUCGCCGCAUAUUGUCACCCUGGGCAGUCCAUCGAGUAGCCCAGCUGGUCCUAAGAUUAUGCUGGACAAUGGACACCUUGAGAGGUCUACGGUUGUGUCAAUAUCAUCUUAGAAGCUGUUGAGAGAGAAGCCGUGGAUUGCCAUAACCAUUACAUUUCUUAAGAAAUUUGAUGAUAUAUAUUUAUAUAAUAUAUAUUUAUAUAGUAUAUACAUUUAUAUAUAUAUAUAUAUCUAUAUAUUAUAUAUUUAUAUCAUAUGCAUUAUGUAUUUAUAUAUUAUUAAAUUUUGCAAUCCACACAUAACUUAAUAUUAAAAGAAUUUGUUUUAAUUUAUGCAAUAGUCUUUUGCACAAUAUCCUUUUUCUUUUUAACCAGCGAAACGAGCAUCUCAUUAGGCUUUUCUUACUUAUCUACGCGCAUUGUGAUACGCGAAAUUGAAAGUUAUAUAUCUUUAGAAAUCGUGUGUAUAAGAAAACGAGAAAGAAACAAUUAUUGUAAAUAUAUGUUUUAAAAAGUUUUAGCAGAUGAGUUUUAGUAGUUGAAUUUUUUGGGAAAAUAUGGACUUUCCUUUGAUAAGGAAAAUUAAUUGUUUGUUCUCUGUUACUUUUUUAUUCAAUCUUUUUUUUUACCAAAGAGGACUAACGAGUCUUGCAAGUCAACAUCUAAGACAAUACCAAAUUGCAGAAAAUAUUGUUGUAUCUGUAUAUAGAUAUACAUACAUGCACACACACACACACACACACACACACACACACACACACACACACACACACACACACACACACACAUAGAUAUAGAUAUA